UCUUCUCUCUUCUUUGCAGAAGCUUCCUCGGACCCUGCAGCUUGUUUUGGCUCCUUGACUCCUCUUCAGGGAUGAAAGAGACGGAUCCUGCAAAGCUGGCGAGGAUGGAAGGGGGAAGAUGGACGGUUGACCUGAUCAGGUUGUCUCCUGCAUCCCUUCCCACAACUUCUGAGCUUUCCCUCUCAGGGACCUCUAAGAAAUCUGAUGGGAAAGAAUUGGAAGGUAGAAACAAGGGGUACCACAACAAAAUCCACAUAGCAGAGAGUUCCUAUAUAUAUUCAGAGUGUGGAGAGAACAUCCAUCAGAUCUCCCAGUCCACCUCCCAUCAAAGAAAGAGCUUCGUUCAGAGGGAUAGCGUCAUUUCAUGUGAAAGAACUCACAGUAGAGAGAAAUUGUAUCAGUGCAGAGAAAGUGGAAAGAGCUUCAGCGAGGGGUCCUAUCUCACUUCUCAUCAAAGAAUCCAUACAGGGGAGAAACCAUGUAAAUACCUGGAGUGUGGAAAGAGCUUCAGUCAUAAGCAAAGUCUCACGUCCCAUCAAAGAAUUCAUACCGGGGAGAAACCCUACCAGUGCUUAGAAUGUGGAAAGAGCUUUCGUCAAAGCGCACAUCUCACUGCCCAUGAAAAAAUUCAUACAGGGGAGAAACCCUACCAGUGCUUUGAAUGUGGAAGGAGCUUUAGUCACAGUUCAGGUCUUACUUACCAUCAAAGAAUUCAUACAGGAGAGAAACCCUAUAAAUGCCUAGAAUGUGGAAAGAGCUUCAGUCUCAGUCACAGUCUCACUGCCCAUCACAGAAUUCAUACAGGGCAAAAACCCUAUCAGUGCUUGGAAUGUGGAAAGAGCUUUAGUCAAAGCGCACAUCUCACUUCCCAUCGAAGAAUUCAUACAGGGGAGAAACCCUAUAAAUGCCUAGAAUGUGGAAAGAGCUUCAGUCUCAGGCAGAGUCUCACUAUCCAUCAAAGAAUUCAUACAAGGCAAAAAACCUAUCAGUGCUUGGAAUGUGGAAAGAGCUUCCGGGAGGUGACUAUGCUCUCUUCCCAUCAAAGCAUUCAUACAGGGGAGAAACCUUUUCAAUGCCAUGAGUGUGAAAAGAGCUUUCUUCAGAGAGCCACUCUCACUGCCCAUGAAAGAACUCAUACAGGUCAGAAACCCUAUCACUGCUUCGAAUGUGGGAAGAGCUUCAGUCAAAGCUCAAAUCUCAAGAAGCAUCAAAGAAUUCAUACUGGGAAGAAACCCUAUCAGUGCUUGGAAUGUGGGAUGAAGUUCAAUCGAAAGGAUAGUCUAAGUGCCCAUCAAAGAAGUCAUACAGGUCAGAAACCAUAUCAGUGCUUUGAAUGUGGGAACAGCUUCAGUCAAAGCUCGAAUCUCAAGACCCAUCAAAGAAUUCAUAAAGGCGAAAGACCCUAUCAAUGCCUGGAAUGUGGAAAGAGAUUCAGUCGAAAGGAUGGUCUCAGUUCGCAUGAAAGAAUUCAUACAGGAAGGAAACUCUAUCAGUGCUUCGAAUGUGGAAAGAGCUUCCGGGAGGGGAAUAAGCUCUCUUUGCAUCAAAGAAUUCAUACAGGGGAGAAACCAUAUCAGUGCCUGGAAUGUGGAAAGAGCUUCCGUUUCAGGGAGAGUUUCAUUUCACACCAAAGAAUACAUACAGGGGAGAAACCUUAUCAGUGCCUGGAAUGUGGAAAGAGCUUUCGUCAGAGAGGUGAUCUCACAACCCAUCGAAGAAUUCAUACAGGGGAGAAACCAUAUCAGUGCAUUGAAUGUGGUAAGAGCUUCACCAAAAAAGCAAGUUUCACUUCCCAUCGAAGAAUUCAUACAGGGGAGAAACCCUAUAAAUGCCUAGAAUGUGGAAAGAGUUUCCGUCUCAGGCAGAGUUUCACUUCCCAUCAAAGAAUACAUACAGGGGACAAACCCUAUCAGUGCUUGGACUGUGGAAAGAGCUUCAGUCGGAAGGAUCAUCUCACAACCCAUCGAAGAAUUCAUACAGGGGAGAAACCCUAUCAGUGCUUGCAAUGUGGAAAGAGCUUCACCCAAAAGGGAAGUAUCACUUCCCAUCGAAGAAUUCAUACAGGGGAGAAACCCUAUAAAUGCCUAGAAUGUGGAAAGAGCUUCAGUCUCAGGCAGAGUCUCACUACCCAUCAAAGAAUUCAUACAAGGGACAAACCCUAUCAGUGCUUGCAAUGUGGAAAGAGCUUCAGUCGGAAAUAUCAUCUCACUACCCAUCAAAGAAUUCAUAGAGAGAAGACCAAGAAAGAAAAGUAAUAAAGCAAAAAUUAUUAAGCAACCCGUAUGAAACACAGUUGUAUGGGAAAGAGAAUGGGGCGGGGGAGAAUAAAUAAAAAUACCCUUCAUCACGUUUGCAUCAUAUAACAAUAGAAUGGGAAACACCACAGAUCUAUUCAAGAAAAUUAGAGAUAUGAAAGGAACAUUGCGUGCAAAGAUUACCAUAAUAAAGGACAAA